AUGGCGACCCUACGCGCUGAGAGGGAGACGAAUCGUCAGCGGAAUCUGUCGAGCUCGAUUUUCUCCUCUGCGUCUCUGGGAGGUCAUGCCGCCGCGUCAACGCUCACAGAACCUCGCAGCGCCUCGGGGCGGCGCCGAGCCUCUCGAGAGCCGACUGAGGCUCUUUGUGCGCUGCUCCCUGCGGAUGUGGCUUCCGGCGGAAAGGAGAGAGCUUCCCGAUUUGGAGGCGAUCGCUUCCUUGUAGAUUCGUCGGCGAGUUCAAUGGGAGGGGAGUUCGCCUCUCGCGCAAGCUCGCCCAGUGUCAAGGCCAGCCGGCGCUUGCUCGAGAGAACGCGGUCGCAGUCGAGGGAGAGCAGGGCUUCGCAGAGGCCGCCGCGCGGAGACGCGACCCCUCCGAGGGCAUACAGUCGUUCGGCGUCUCCCUCCGUUCGGCAGGCGUCCUCCGUGUGUGCCUCGUCUGCCGAGUCGCGCAGAGGCGAGCACGCCUCGUCGCCGCAUCGAAGACGCCCUUCCUCGGAACCCCGAGAGACGCGCGCCUCUCGCCUGCGUGCACAGGCCAUCGAGGCCUCCCUGCGUCUCGACGACGCGCUCAGGAGGCCUGAGGCGCCGCAGAGGGCUGUGCCGCGAGCCGAGCGAAAAGCGCCCCUUCCCCCUUUGCCGCCGACAACCCGUGCCCAGCAGCAUCGUCUCGCGCAGACGCGCGCGUGCUCAGCGUCCUCUCGACGCGCCGCGGUUCUGAGGCGGGAGCUCGGCGAAGGCGGCGGGCAAACAGACGACGCCGAGGAAUGGGCACUGCCGUCCUGCAGACCGGCAGCGACGGGAGAGCGCUACCGGAGGGAGGGGAGCGCCGAAUCUACUUCUACAGAGAGCCGUUUCGGUCGGCCCUUCUCUAGAAUAGAGGCGGCCGCAGACCGUAGAGGGCGACUGCUCGACGAACCGACAAAGAAGAUCGGCGGAAGUCGCGUCUCGCUCCCCUCAGCGAUUCCCCGCGCGACCCGAAGAGAGUUUGCUGCCGAGCGAAAACGCGACGGCGCGUCGUUCCGUUUCCCUCUCUCUCUCCGCUCCUCGCGUUCCUUGUCUAACUGCCACAGACAGCAAGCUGCGUCAGACACCUUCGGAAGAACCUCCCUGGAGGAGGAGGAGACGCACCGAGCGGCCUCUUCGCGUCAACAGCCACUCGCCCGUGGACUCUCUCUUUCUAGUUCAAGCUCUGCGUCUCUUUCGUCGGCUUCUGCUGCGGCUGCUGGUGGACUGCGGCGUGCGCCUUCGGGGGGUCGUGGGGCGGCGCGUCCCCUCAGUUCGGCGUCUGCCUCGGGGCUGGCGGCCUGGAGCCGCCGAGAGGUUGCCGCGGAGAGAGAGCGAGCUGUCCCUUUUCGGGCUGCGAACGGCUCCUCUCGAAGUCGAGGGGAAAUGGCGGCAGGAGGCGGCAGCAGAGGCGCGCCGAGGGAGGCGGAGGGCGCGGUGCCGAAAAGUUUUUUCUCGCGACCCUUCGCCGCCAAAGAGGAUCAAGCUUUGCUCUCCGUCGCCAGCGUGAGCAGAAGGGCGGAAGAAGCGCUCCUGUGCGGCGGCGUCCUCCCCCCGCUGCCCCCUGUCGGCGAGGAAGGAGGCGGCGAGGCAGAAAUCUUGCGGCAGGCCCCCGGGGUGUUCGGCGCCGAGAGGUUCGAGCCGCUUGCAAAUUCAGAUGAGCUGCGAUUGUCGCCUGAAGAAGACGAGGACUUGCCGAGAAAAAAGCCGAGGAGGACGGCCCUGUCUGACCACCAAGGCGAAGAAGCCUUUCGGCGAAGGAUGGAGGAGAUUCGGUCGCAGCUCGACUCCCGGCGCUGGAGCAGCUCCCCGCGCCCCCGCUCCUCUGCGCCUCGCGCGCCCGAGGCCUCCUCCGCGUCGUCCCUCGCUUCGUUCGGAGAGACGCGCCUCACGCUGGAAAAGACAGUCGCCAAAAAGCCUCUCCCCUUCGCGUCCCUCGUCUCUCGCAGCAGUCUUCUUUUGGGGCCAAAGGAGGCAGCGGGCGGCGAGGCGGCAGGAGCAGAAGGUCUUUUCAGCGAGGAGGCAGCGGCGCCCGCGUGGACCGUGGGCGUCGUCACGCGGGAGGGGACGAGGCGGAAAGUCGCGGGGAGGUCUCAGAGGCUGGCGGGGGGAGGUCCGCGGCUUCUUCCGCAGAGCCGAGCGGCGCGUCGGGUCGGGGAACGGCCGAUGAUGAAGACGGCUAAGGCUGUCGUCGCGAGGGAGGAGGCGGCGGGAUGGCGGCCGUCAGCACCAAGAUCGCGUCCUCUCUUCAAUGAACAGGAAGACCUGCCGGGAGUCGCUGACGCCCUGGCGAACAUCCGCCGGCGGCUCAGAGAGGAAGAGGAGAAGCAGAGAGAGCGGGCGGAGCAAGCUGCCAAGGAGGCGGCGGCGCGACGACCGCGGUCGGCGCUCUUCGCCGGGCUCCAGGACAGUCUCUCCGCAGUCGUCUCCUUCCUCUCGCUCGGCCUCAGCAGCGGAGGGGGUGCGCCGCAGGGCGACGAUCAAGCCCCGGGGGGGGAGGACUGGAGAAAGCAGAGGCGCGGCGCGAGGAAGAAGAGGCCGCCGGAAGUGGGCGGCAGCAGCGGGAUGAGGAAUAAUCGGACGGGGCAAAAAACGCCCGCGGCUGCGCCGGGAGGAAGAGAAGAGAAGGAGGACAGCCACCUCCGUCCCGAUGAUGACGAUCUCAGCUUCGAGAGCCCCCAAUCUCCUCCCCUCCAGUCUGCUUUCUUCUUCCUCUACAUCGCUUCGCCCCGCUCCCUCUCCUUCUCCCGCUCAGCCGCUCUCUGGCUCGCUGUCGUCUUCCUCCUCAUCUCUUCGCUAUCCGAUUUCUUCUCAACUCUUGCCCGCCUCUUCCCGCCCUCCCCCCCUUCGCUGCCUUCUGCUUCUUCUCCUUUUCUCUCCGUUCUUCGUCUUCCGCCGUCUUCUGCCGUCGCGCAACCUUCAGCCUCGUCUCUCAUGUCGUCGUCGCCCAGACUUGAAGAAAAGAAAAAGGAUACGCACGCCCUUCUCGCCGAGGCAAGAGGAAGCGGUCCUCGGCCUGCCACGAUGUCGCGUGCGGCGGGGAAAGCAUCGUCUUUCGCAUCCUCGUCGCCCCUCUCUGCACAUCCGCCGGCGUCGCAGCCCUUAGAUGCCUUUCUUCGCGGCGCAGAUCCGCGAGAGCGAGAAUCGUCAGCAGACCAACACGCAAGUCGGUCUAAAGCGCCUUCAGCUGGCGACCGCGGAAGCGCGGAAGAGAAAGACGAAACCAAAAGAGAGUUAUCUCCUCUGUGGAGUGCGCCUUCUUCGUCUCUCGGGUUCCUCGAGCAGGCAGGUAGUGCCUCUCUCCUAUCGAGACGCGAAACCGCCCUGCGAGGCACAGAGGCCGACGAAUUCCCCCUCCUCACGCAACUCGCCGCGGCGCAGGCGGAGAAGCGCGGCCUGCCCGCGUUUUCGCGUGCGGAGCCUGCGGAAGCCGCGAGUCUCCAUGACCGCGAAAGCCGUCCCCCCAGUGCCGCAGGCGAGCGGAGGGUGGAGGGAGAGGCAGCUCUCCGCAGCAGCGCGGAGCUCUUUCAGGAUUGUGCGGAGGAAGUGCAGAGAGACACGCAUGGGCCUUCUCAGGACUGCAACGCAGCCGCUCGGCAGAGCACCCUGCAGAGAGACCGCUCGCCGUCGUCUCAAUCAUCUGGGCCCCCCCUUUCCUCCACGCGGAGUCAAGUCUCCCCGCCUGAAUCGUCCUCCGCGGAUCUUCUAGGCGGCGCGCGCGCCAGAGAGACGGAGAGUCGGCCGAAGAGUUUUUCCCGCUGGCUGGCGCACUCUCCGUUCUCUCCCUCGCGAUCGACUCUCGCUGACUCGCUCUCCUACUCGCGAUUCCCCGAGCUCGCGCCAGCAGAGAGAGACGAUGUGGAUAGUCUUUCCGGCGGCCGUCCAGGCGGCGUCUUUUCUCCGUUUCCCGCUGCUUCUGCGGGAUUGGCCGCUCGGGCGCACGCAAAAAGGCCUGUGCGGCGCAGCGGAAGCCCCGAAGAAGCCCCGGAGAGACGCGGAGAGAACGCGAGGUUCCCUCUCCAGGCAGCGGACGAGGGAGAGGCAGAGGAAAACGGAAAACUCGAGGCUCAGACAUCCGCAGUUGGAGAGCCGCUCCACGGGGGCACCCAAGAAAGCGACAGCCAGCAAAACGUCCGGCGAUUUGAGCAGGAACGGCGCGAGCCAUUCAGAAGCGUUUUCUCGCUUCGCAGCCGCGAUCUCGCGGACUCGGGGGGAUCCGACGACGACUCUCUCUCGACUCAGAGGCACGCAUUCCGACUGCGAAAUUUCCCUCCUGCGCUUCCUCGCAGGGACGACAAGCUUUUCUCCGCGUUUAGGGAGAAGGAGAACUGGGCACAGCGAGAAGACCUGCGAGUCGGAGACUGGAGAGAACGAGGGCUGCAGGUCGCUGGCGACGGACGAGGAGACAAGGCGGACGUGGAGUGGCGCCGCCUGGGCAGCCUGCGAUCCUCAGAAGUGGAGAGGAAGCAGACGAAACCCUGGGAGGGCGGGAGUGAAGCAGGCGAUCGCCUUCGCGAAGAAACGCCGCGAGCGUAUGCGGAAGGCAGAAGAGAGUUCCUCGAAGGAGGAAGAGAGCCGAGGACCGCGCAGAGCACAAGCCUCUCAGCCGACUUCGUUCCUGGCGUGGCGAAAUAG